AUGGCAAAUGUACUGGGCAUGUAUAGUGUGAACAACACGAACAGUAUUGAAGGUGUUGACUAUCCCGGCAUAUCAGGCUGGCCGAAAGGAUAUGUGCCAAUUCCCGUGCACACAGUGCAUCGCCCUGAUUAUAUGGCAAAGGAAUUAGAAGAAGUCAAAACGUAUCUCAGCCAAGACAGAGUGAGUCGAAAAAAAUUAGAGCCUACCUUAGAUGGAGACAAUCUUUGGGAGAUACGUGAUCUUCUACAUAUAGAGGUUGGUUUGCUACCCCUAUUAAACAUUGAAAAUGCCUGUAUUACGCCACUCAAGAUAGGAGACCAAUUGCCACAAAAUCCUAGAUUUGUAAGCACAGCUGUAAAAGCAAUGUAA